UUAAAACAGAAAAUAUGAGUGAAGUCCUUGCUAAAUCAGGAAUCUUUUUUGAUGAAGUUGAUAGAAUUUGUAUUUUAGAACCAGAAGUAUCGAAAUCAACGCACGAUUUGAAAGAUGAAUGCCAGAUUUAUACGGAAAAGAUAGAUGAGUUUCAAAGAAUUUCUACAAAAUACAUUAAUCUUGUUCAGCAGUUGGGGGACACCAUAGAAAAGGAAAAAAUGAAAGCAAUAGGAGCUAGAAAUAUUUUGCAAAGUAUGGAGAAACAGAAGGAAAAUAACCAGGAGCAAUUACAGGCUCUUAUUUCUGAAAAAACCAUGGAAUUGGAACGUCUAAAGAUUCAAUUUAACUCCUUACAAAAAGCUGAAAUGGAACAACACGAAAUAAUAAAUCAAUUAACACAUUGUUGAUUUCGUAAAUGACACAUGUGAUUAUUAAAAAAAA